AUGAAUGAAUGUGCGGACUUAUUUGACGAAUUUACUAAUUAUUCAUGUUUAAAUCUAAAAAUAUGUCCUGAGUUUGUUGUCAAAGUCAAAGAAUGUAAAACUAAGUUUGAUGAUUAUACAAAAAAGUUUGAAGAUUUGCCUAUUUCAUUAAACAAUGGAGAUAAUCAAACUCAGUUCAUUUUUCAAAGAAUGAAAAACUUAUUUCUUGAAGAAAUUCGUUCUUUCUCAAUUCAAAUAAAUACAUUGGUUGAUCGUAUUCAUCCUUAUGAAAAUGAGGCUUGUGAAGAAUACAAAUUUAACGAAGUUAAUGAAAUAGAAAUAAUAAAUAAACGAACAAAACAAAUUUUAGUAACAACUGAUAGUGGAUAUCGAUCGAACUAUGAUAGAUUAAUAAAUUUUACAAUAGAGGAUGAAAGUUCUUCAGAUAGUGUAAUUUCAGAAGAAGAAGAAGACGAUAAAAAUGAAAUAAAUAAAAGUGAAUACAAUUUUUAUCCACAAUUUUGUUAUGUUAAUAACCAAGUUACAGUCCAAGGAGAAAAUCUUGGAGCAACAACACAAAUAAAAAUCUCUUCUAUUAUCUGUCAAAUAGAAGGAAACAAAAAAAGGGGACAACUCACUUUUACUGUACCAAAGGUUUAUGGAUGGGUUGAUGUUGAAUUAAUUCAUAAGAAAAACAUUGUUUUAAUACCACAAGCAAUUUUCGUUUCAAUUCAAGAAAUACAUUAA